AAAGUGGAAAAGACACAGGUAAAUGCCGAGUCUCUCGCUUAUUGUCUGCGCGAGUCGGUUCGGCAUAAUUCCUCAUAUAAGUGUAUUAUUUUUGGGAUUUGAGGUUUCAUUUCGUCGAAAUCCGAUUAGGAGGUCGACAGAGAGACCGCUUGGUCGGUUUUAUAGCAGAAUAUCUGACAUUCAUCUGGGUUUCUGGUGUUAUUCCUUUGUAAAUACUGUUAUUUGUAUAUACUGUAAAUGAUGACGUCGGUGGGCGGAAACCGAGCCUGCGGCAGUUGGGAGCAGCAGACGCAGACAGGCCAGACACAGCACAAGCAGAGACCUCAGGCCACUGCUGAGCARAUCCGACUCGCGCAGAUGAUUUCGGACCACAAUGAUGCUGAUUUUGAAGAAAAAGUUAAGCAGCUGAUUGACAUUACAGGCAAGGACCAGGAUGAGUCUAUGAUUGCACUGCAUGACUGCAACGGGGAUGUCAACAGAGCCAUCAACGUGUUGCUGGAAGGUAGCCCAGAUACUGACUCUUGGGAGAUGGUGGGGAAGAAGAAAGGAGUGUCCGGUCAGAAGGAGCCUGGCCAUGCUGAGACCGGAGAAGAAGGAAAGGAGAACCGGGAGAGGGGAGUAGAGAGGGACGUGGCACGUCGUCGAGGUGGUGCCCCACGCAGGGGUAGAGGGGCUAGUAGGGGACGAGAGUUCCGUGUACAGGAGAAUGGUCUGGAUGGAGGAAAGGCUGCUGGGAUAGCAGGCAGGGGCACAGAGCGAGGCCACAGGGGGAGGGGCAGAGGAAGAGGGGGAGAACGGGAGCGAGGCAGGCGAGGGGGCCGCUUUUCUGCGCAGGGCAUGGGCCAGAUUGAUAAGGGGCCCAGAUAUGAUUUUUCAGGAGAUGAGAGAACGUUCAACCCGGCGGACUACGCUGAGCCGACCCAGACAGAGGAGAGCUACAGCGGGGGAAGCACCUGGAACAACACGGGAAACCUGGAGCCAGAGGAAGGACCCAGGAUUGAGUACUCUGCAGGAGGAGAGGGGACAAAUUACCAACCCAAGUUUGACUCUGCCCCUUGUGCCUGGAGGAGCGCGACAGAAGAGUGGGGUACUGAGGACUGGAAUGAGGAUCUGUCAGAGACCAAGAUCUUCACAGCCUCCAGUGUGGUCUCCAUGCCACUCCCCCAGGAGAAUGUCACCAUCACUGCAGGACAGAGGAUUGACCUGGCAGUGCUGCUUGGGAAGACUUCCCCGUCCUCUGAGGCAGAGGCCUCGGGCCCCAUAGAGGCCAGCCAGCCCCCCUCCCUCCCCCAGUCACUUGUGUUCAGCAACUCCAAGCAGCCGCUGUCCCAAACCACCUCCAGCAGCACCUCCUACACCCAGCACAGCAUGGUGAACAUGCUGCGGAAGGGCUUUGGGGAGGUGGGGGACCCUAAAGGAGGCAGUACAGGGACGACCAGCGGCUCCCAGUUCUUGGAGCAGUUUAAGACUGCACAAGCCUUGGCCCAGCUGGCUGCCCAGCAGUCCCAGACAGGACAGCCCAACCCMACCCCCUCUUCCUGGGAAACCAACUCCGCAGAGCUGGGCCACUAUGACAGCAAGGCCCAGCCAGAGCCUCCGGUCCACAGCCCCUUCACCAAGCGCCAUCCCUACCAGCCCACCACCUCCGUGUUGGACGCCUUCCUCCCCCCUCCCUCACAGGGCAGCCCCUCGUCCCACAUGGCGCCCCCUGUGUCUGCCCUCCCCAAGAUGGCGGUGCCCUCCUUGGGGCACCAGGUGUCCCCUGACUCAUCGGAUGCCCAGGGUUCCAGCCCCCUGCCACUGCAGCAGCACAAGCUCAAGCAACAGAAGAAGAGGACCUCCAUCACCACCAAGAUCCCAGCGAUGGCGGUGGAGAUGCCUGGCUCGGCAGACAUCUCUGGGCUGAACCUGCAGUUUGGAGCACUGCAGUUUGGCUCUGAACCUGUGCUCCAGGACUACGACAGCGCCCCCACCACCACACCAGGAAGCCAGGUUCAAAACAGCCUCUACACAAGCCCCAGCUGUGAGGCGAUUCCCUCCAACCCCAGUCAGAUUGACAUGUACGACCAGAGGGCUCCCCAGGCCCGGCGCUUUCCCACCCCUGUCUCCUCCCCGCAGAAAGAGAAUGGAUUCAAUACAAUACAGACACAUUCUGUGGAAGCUGCAGCAGGCUCUGCAGUGUCUGUGAAGUCGGCCUCUGAUUCGGCCACGCCUGCGUCAGUCUCCAUGGCUACGUUGACAGACAGUGGCUCAGGGCCCGUGUCCUUGUUGACCACAUCCAAUCAGUUGUCGCACAGCGCUCUGGGGCACAAUGAAGACCUGCCCCCGAAUACCAUGCCUCAGCACAGCAAUUCCCUUUCUACACAACAGAAAAGUMUUGCGCCAUCCCAAGUCCGCACAUCCAACACCAGUCUAAUGCACCAGAGCAUAGAGGACUCCAGCUUGCACUCUUCCUCCUUCCCUUCCUCUGUCUCGGCGGUCCCCUCUUCCUCGGUACUCUCUUCCUCGUCGGUGGUUGCAACAGCUCAGCAGGUCUCCAUGGGGGCCCCUCAGCCCUCUUCAGUGAACACAGUGUCUCAGUCAGCCCCCUCGGGCUUGGGCCCCGUGAGCAACCUAGUGGCCAUGGGCCUCCACACAGUAGCCUCCAUGGGACCUCUAGCCGUUGCCUCCGCAGCCAUGUCCACAGGAGCACAAGCCCAGGCUAUCGCUUCCUCCGCCUCCUCACGCAGCUCUGCAGUCUCCUCAGGUCUCUUUACAGGGAAAGCACCUCCUAACCUUCCUCCUGGAGUGCCCCCUCUGCUUCCCAACCCAUACAUUAUGGCCCCCGGACUACUGCAUGCCUACCCUCCUCAGGUGUAUGGCUAUGAUGACCUACAGAUGCUCCAGACAAGAAUACCAUUGGAUUACUAUAGCAUCCCGUUUGCCACCCCCAACACAGCACUGACUGGCAGAGAUGGCAGCCUGAGCAACAACCCUUACUCUGGUGACUUAUCAAAGUUUGGUCGAGGUGAUGCGUCGUCCCCGGCGCCGGCCACCACGUUGGCCCAGCAGACRCAGCAGAACCAGAGCCAGACGCACCACAACACGCAGCAGCCUUUCCUCAACCCAGCGCUGCCCCCAGGCUACAGCUACACCAGCCUGCCCUAUUACACCGGCGUGCCGGGCCUGCCCAACACCUUCCAGUACGGCCCCGCUAUGUUCCCGGUGGCCCCUACCUCGUCGAAGCAGCACGGUGUGAACGUUGGAGUCAAUGCCUCGGCGACUGCCUUCCAGCAGGCCAGCGGCUACGGUUCCCAUGGUUACAACACUGGCUAUGAGGAUAUGGGCCAGGCUUCAGGGAGUGGGGAUUUCUGUAAGGGUGGAUACGGCACUGCCGUGGCCGCCGCCGCUUCUGCACAAAACAAGCAAGCCAGCUCUGUCAGCGGGCCUGGAGUCGGAGUCUCGGUGACGUCAAGCAACACCGGUGUCCCAGACAUUUCAGGGUCUGUUUACACAAAGACACAGCAGCAGCAGUCUUUUGAGAAGCAGCAGGGUUUCCACGCUGGUACACCGGCAGCUUCCUUCAGCUUGCCCCCGGCCCUGGGCGGCGGUGGUCCCAUCAACCCCCCAGCUGCGGCUGGUUAUGCUCCAGCCCCCUUCAUGCACAUCCUGGCACCGCACCAGCAGCCCCACUCGCAGAUCCUGCACCAUCAUCUGCAGCAGGACGGACAGAGUGGUGGCACUGGACAGCGCAGCCAGAAUGCUUCGCUUCAACAGAAGACCCAGAUCAACAAGUCUGCAUACAACAGCUACAACUGGGGGGCCAACUAACACCCGCCCAUCAUCCAGCCCCCUGUCCCGAUGUCUGACAAAGGGGGGCAUCCUUCCCCACAAAAUGGUCUCCAUAUAACCCCCUCUCUCCUACAGUGAUCCCAUUCUCUUGGCUCAGCACACCGGCAGUACUCACCUCUGCCACGGGUGGCGAUGUGCUGAGGGAAAGCACUAGUGUGGUGAGGAGAGCAUGGGGGCAGUCUUAAAAAGAGAGGGGGGCGGAGUUAAAUGGUUAUAGUAACAGAUCGUUAAGAGCUGAUUAUUGAGUGUUUGGAAUUUUGUAUCGUGUUCAACCCCCCCCCCCCUUUCACUCUGUUGUAUGUAACAUAGAACUGUUUUCUAAAAGAAAUAAUGUUUUUGUUUUUACUGAUGGGAGGAACAAA